AUGCGUUGGUCCGUUCUCGAUACAGUGCUGUUGGCCGUGAUUUCCUUUCAUCUAAUCCAGGCACCAUUCACCAAAGUGGAAGAGAGUUUUAAUAUCCAAGCCAUUCAUGACAUUUUAACCUACAGCGUAUUUGAUAUUUCCCAAUAUGAUCACUUGAAAUUUCCUGGUGUGGUCCCUAGAACAUUUGUUGGUGCUGUGAUUAUUGCGAUGCUUUCCAGACCUUAUCUUUACUUCAGUUCUUUAAUUCAAGCUUCCAGGCCCACCUCUAUAGAUGUUCAAUUGAUUGUUAGAGCCAUUAUUGGCCUCACUAAUGGGCUUUCUUUCAUUUAUUUAAAAAAUUGUUUGCAAGAUACCUUUGAUAAAAUCACUAGAAAGAAAAAGGAAGAAAAUGAAGGCAAGGAUAUAUAUAUUUACGAUAGCGUUGGUUCGUGGUUCAUUUUGUUUUUAAUUAGCAGUUUCCAUCUGAUGUUCUACAGCACUAGAACUCUGCCCAAUUUUAUCAUGACUCUGCCUCUAACCAACGUCGCAUUGGGGUGGGUUUUAUUGGGUCAUUAUAAUGCAGCUAUUUUCCUAUCAGCACUCGUUGCAAUUGUGUUCAGGCUAGAAGUAUCAGCUCUAAGCGCUGGUAUUGCCUUAUUUAGUGUCAUCUUUAAGAAGGUCACAUUAUUCGAUGCCAUCAAAUUUGGCAUCUUUGGUUUAGGACUUGGUUCCGCCAUCAGUAUUACCGUUGAUUCAUAUUUCUGGAAGGAAUGGUGUCUACCUGAGGUAGAUGGCUUCUUGUUCAACGUCGUUGCGGGUUAUGCUUCCAAGUGGGGUGUUGAGCCACCUACUGCUUAUUUCACACAUUACUUGAGAAUGAUGUUUAUGCCGCCAACUGUUUUAUUAUUGAACUACUUCGGCUAUAAAUUAGCCCCUACAAAAUUAAAGAUUGUUUCACUAGCUUCCCUUUUCCACAUUAUCGUUUUAUCCUUCCAACCUCACAAAGAAUGGAGAUUCAUCAUCUACGCUGUCCCAUCUAUCCUGUUGCUAGGUGCCACAGGAGCCGCGCAUCUAUGGGAAAAUAUGAAAAUAAAGAAGGUUACCAAUGUGUUAUGUUUGACCAUAUUGCCCUUGUCUGUAAUGACCUCUUUUCUCAUUUCAAUGGCAUUCUUGUAUAUAUCAAGAAUGAAUUAUCCAGGUGGUGAAGCCUUAACUUCUUUUAAUGACAUGAUUGUGGAAAAAAAUAUCACAAAUGUUACUGUCCAUGUUAGCAUACCUCCUUGUAUGACUGGUGUCACUUUAUUUGGUGAACUGAACCACGAUGUAUAUGGUGUCAGAUACGAUAAGACUGAAAAUGUCACUUUGCUGCAGGAAAUGUGGCCUUCCUUCGAUUUCUUGAUUACUCAUGAACCAACUGCCGCUCAGUUACCAUUCGGAAACAAGACUGCCGAUCGUUGGGAACUGAUUGGCACAACAAAAAUGUUCACCGGAUUUGACCCAACAUACAUUACCACCUUUGUUUUCCAGGAAAGAGUUAACGUUUUGUCUCUGCUCAAACAGAUCAUUUUCGACAAGACACCUGCUGUUUUUUUGAAGGAAUUGACCACCAAUUCGAUUGUGAAGAGCGACGUCUUUUUCACCUAUAGGAGGAUCAAACAAAAUGAAAGAGUUGAUUGA